GAAGAGAGAGAAAGAAGAGUGGAAUUUCAUUUCACAAAAAAUUGAGGGCGCAGUUCAGAAAGGAAAGGAUCGUCUAAAACCAAACCCCAACCCACUCCCCGCCAACGCCCAAACGUCAAAGCAAAACCAACUUCGCGCUCUAAAUUCUCUCUCAACUACAAACAGACCGCCAGCUUCCCCUCUACUUCAAUCGCAUUUCUAUGUUAUAAUAUGACCCAAUCGCCGGUGCCUCCGUCGUUGGCUCCGCCGCACCCACCGCCAUUAUACGGCUCCGGAGUUCAGGUCCGUUGCGCCGGUUGUCGUGAUGUUUUGGUAGUGGCGUCUGGCCACACCGAGUUCUUUUGCCCUUCUUGUCAAUUGCCUCAGAUGUUGCCUCCCGAGCUCCUAGUUAGGGCCCACUCCAAGCCCCUUCCUCCUCCUACUCUACCGCCGCCGUCGCUUCCGCCGUCGCUGCCUCUUCCCGUUCCUUUGUCCAUACAUCAUGUCCCUGCUCAUGGCAUUGAUCCUACCAAGAUGCAGCUCCCCUGUGCUAAUUGUAAGGCGCUUCUUAAUGUUCCUCAUGGUUUAACUAGGUUCGUUUGUCCUCAGUGCGCGGUUGACCUCACCGUCGAUCUCUCUAAGCUCCAUCAGUUCUUCCCCUCCCGGCCGCCUCCUGAGGAAGUCAACGAGGUAGCCAUUGAAGUGGAAAGAGAAGAAGAUGAAGGUGGUACAGUGGGAGAGACAUUUACAGAAUAUCACCCUCCUAAGCUAUCUAUAGGACCACUUCACCCGGACCCAGUUGUGGAGACAUCCUCCUUAUCUGCUGUCCAGCCUCCUGAACCCACUUAUGAUUUAAAAAUCAAGGAUGAUUUAGAGAAGUCAAAAGCUCUUUCAUGCUUGCAAAUUGAGACCUUGGUAUAUGCUUCUCAGAGACAUAUGCACCACCUCCCAGAUGAUACCAGGGCGGGAUUCUUUAUUGGAGAUGGAGCUGGUGUUGGUAAAGGUCGGACCAUUGCCGGUUUAUUGUGGGAAAAUUGGCACCAUGGGAGGAGGAAAGCAAUGUGGAUUUCGGUUGGUUCAGAUUUGAAGUACGAUGCUAGGAGAGACUUAGAUGAUGUUGGUGCAUCGUGCAUUAAAGUGCAUGCUUUGAACAAGCUGCCAUAUUCAAAGCUUGACUCAAAGUCUGUGGGUAUUAGAGAAGGAGUUGUCUUUUUGACGUAUAGCAGCCUCAUAGCAUCUUCUGAACGAGGCCGUUCUCGCCUGCAGCAGCUUGUUCAGUGGUGUGGAACAGAAUUUGAUGGUCUCGUCAUAUUUGAUGAGUGCCAUAAAGCCAAAAAUUUGGUACCAGAAUCUGGAAGCCAGCCAACGAGGACAGGAGAAGCCGUUCUAGAGCUGCAGGAUCGACUUCCUGAAGCUCGUAUAAUUUACUGCUCAGCCACCGGUGCAUCUGAGCCACGCAAUAUGGGCUAUAUGGUCCGACUUGGGCUUUGGGGAACUGGAACUUCCUUCAUUGACUUCCGGGAUUUUUUAGGUGCACUAGAGAGAGGGGGUGUUGGGGCUUUAGAACUUGUUGCCAUGGACAUGAAAGCAAGGGGUAUGUAUUUGUGCCGCACGCUUAGCUACAGAGGAGCCGAAUUUGAGAUUGUGGAAGCACCAUUAGAAGCUGAGAUGAUGGAAAUGUAUACACUAGCAGCUGAAUUUUGGGCAAAGUUGCGGGUAGAAUUGAUGACAGCAAGUGCAUAUGUUACUAGUGACAAGCCUAGUGCCAAUCAACUUUGGCGAUUAUUUUGGGCAAGCCAUCAGCGUUUCUUCAGGCACAUGUGUAUGUCUGCCAAGGUUCCUGCUACUGUUAGACUAGCUAAGCAAGCAUUAUUGGAAGAUAAGUGUGUCGUCAUUGGUCUGCAAAGUACUGGAGAGACACGCACUGAGGAAGCUGUGACAAAAUAUGGUCUUGAGCUUGAUGAUUUUGUUUCUGGACCUCGAGAACUAUUGCUUAAAUUUGUGGAAGAAAACUACCCUUUGCCUGAAAAGCCCGAAACCCUACCUGAGGAGGGAAGUGUCAAGGAACUUCAAAGGAAGAGACACUCGGCAACUCCUGGCACAUCACUAAAUGGGAGGGUAAGGAAGGCUGCAAAGUGGAAACCUCCAAGUGAUGUCGAAAGUGAUGAAGAAUCUGAAACUGAUUCUGCUGCUGAAUCUACCGAAUCAGAUGAUGAGUUUCAGAUUUGUGAGAUAUGCAAUGCCGAAGGGGAAAGGAAAAAAUUACUUCGAUGUUCCUGUUGUGAGCAAUUUUUUCAUCCUGCCUGUCUCGACCCUCCUCUCUUGGAUACAGAAACUGCAGAAUGGUCAUGUGAAUCUUGCAAGGAGAAGACAGAUGAGUAUCUUAAAGAAAGAAAAGCUGUUAUAGCUGAACUUUUGAAAAGGUAUGAUGCUGCUUCAGAUCGUAAGUCUAAUUUGUUGGCAAUUAUUCGUUCAUUGAAUCUUCCAAACAAUCCUUUGGAUGAUAUUAUUGAUCAGCUUGGUGGCCCUGAUAAGGUUGCAGAAAUAACCGGAAGAAGGGGAAUGCUUGUAAGGGCCCCCAAUGGAAAGGGUGUUACUUACCAGCCACGGAACUCGAAGGAUGUGGCUAUGGAGAUGGUCAAUAUGCAUGAGAAACAACUGUUUAUGGAUGGUAAGAAGUUUGUUGCUAUCAUUUCUGAAGCUGGAUCUGCUGGUGUUUCACUGCAGGCAGACAGAAGAGCUGCAAAUCAGAAAAGAAGAGUUCAUUUUACUUUAGAACUCCCUUGGAGUGCUGAUCGAGCUAUUCAACAAUUUGGACGGACUCAUCGCUCUAAUCAAGCUUCAGCACCAGAAUACAGGCUACUUUUUACGAAUCUCGGUGGAGAACGCAGGUUUGCAUCAAUUGUUGCCAAGAGAUUAGAAUCGCUUGGAGCCUUAACUCAAGGAGAUCGAAGGGCCGGGUUGUCACUAAGUGCAUACAAUUAUGACAGUGCUUAUGGGAGAACGGCCUUGACGAUGAUGUAUAGAGGAAUAAUGGAGCAGGAUGCCCUGCCCGUUGAACCUCCUGGUUGCUCAUUUGAGAAACCUGAUACAAUCCGCGAUUUUAUUGAGAAUGCAAAAGCUGCUCUUAAUUCUGUGGGAAUAAUUAGGGACACUGUACUUGGGACUGGAAAGGACUUUGGAAAGACCUCUGGUCGUAUUGUUGAGUCAGACAUGAAUGAUAUUGGACGUUUUCUUAAUCGACUUUUGGGCCUCCCGCCUGAGAUUCAGAAUAGGAUUUUUGAGUUAUUUGUCAGCAUGUUGGAUCUUCUAAUUCAGAAAGCACGCAUUGAAGGGAAUCUUGAUUCUGGAAUUGUUGAUAUGAGAGCCAAUGUUAUUGAAUUAAGAGGAAGUCCAAAGACAGUUCAUGUUGAUCCGGUUUCUGGGGCAUCAACUAUGCUGUUUACUUUCUCUUUGGAUCGUGGUAUGACCUGGGAGUCUGCAAGCACCAUUCUUGAUGAGAAGCAAAAGGAUGGGCUUGGUUCAACCAAUGAUGGAUUCUAUGAAUCCAGGAGGGACUGGUUGGGAAGAUGCCACAUCAUAUUAGCCUUUGAAAGUUCCGUUCCUGGAAUGUAUAAAAUUGUACGCCCAGCUGUUGGGGAGUCGCUAAGGGAAAUGUCUCUCUCUGAGUUACGGAACAAAUACCGAAAAACAUCAUCUUUGGAGAAGGCUCGUAAUGGGUGGGAAGAUGAGUAUGACAUUUCCUCAAAACAGUGCAUGCAUGGACCAAAUUGUAAGCUUGGCAACUUUUGUACGGUUGGCAGGAGAAUACAGGAAGUUAAUGUUUUGGGUGGCCUUAUUCUUCCUGUUUGGGGAACUAUUGAAAAUGCCCUUUCUAAGCAGGCCCGCCAAAGUCACCAGCGGCUUCGUGUAGUACGUAUAGAAACCACAACAGAUAGACAGAGAAUAGUUGGUCUGUUUGUUCCAAAUGCAGCAGUUGAUUCAGUGCUUCGAGGUUUGGCAUGGGUACAAGAUGUAGAUGAUUGAAAUCAAAGUAGUGAUUCUGUUUUAUCCGUGUACUAUUUGUGUGCUGCUCCUAACAAGAAGCUUCAGUUUUUUGGAGGAGUUUGAAGAACAGCUGAUUCUAUUUUUUUCUGCACCGUGCGAUGGAAACUGUGCAGUCUUAUAGUUAUUAUUUUUUUGGGGUAUAUAUGAUUUGUAUAUUUGGCAAUGCUGCGUUAGAUGAUAUUAGGAGGAGCAUUAUGUUAAUGUUUAUUAUCCCUUCUAAAUCCUAAUCUUAAUUUCAUUUUCAUUUUCUUUUGUAUGUAUAUCCAAUUACAGUUGGAAAUAGAAAAUCUCCCCCCUUUGUACAAUUUUUUGAUUGGUUGAACCAACAGAAAUUCCAUAUUUAAUAUAUUCGUGCUUACGUUUCCAUA